AUGGCCGCACGCACUUUGAGGAUAGGCCUCAUCCCAGGCGACGGCAUCGGCCGCGAAGUAAUCCCCGCGGGCCGCCGCAUCCUCGAAGCCCUGCCUUCCUCGUUCGGGCUCAAGUUCUCCUUCUCGCACCACGAGGCUGGCUGGGAAACGUUCCAGAAGACGGGCGCCGCCCUGCCCGACAAGACGGUUGAGGCACUCAAGUCCGACUGCGAUGGCGCCCUCUUCGGAGCCGUCAGCUCGCCCACUGUGCAAACCAAGGGCUACUCCAGCCCAAUCGUCGCACUGAGAAAGCGCAUGGGCCUGUACGCCAACGUCCGUCCUGUGAAGAGUGUGAGGGGCGCAGCGAGGAGUGUAGACCUGGUGAUUGUGAGGGAGAACACCGAGGAUCUUUACGUCAAAGAAGAAAAGACGUACGCGGCGCCCGACGGCUCCAAGAUAGCAGAGGCGAUCAAGCGCAUCUCGGAAACAGCAUCCUUCAACAUUAGUGCCAUGGCCGGCGACAUUGCGCUCCGCCGUCAGCGCGUCCGCGAUGCGGGUGCAAGCUCCAUUCACAACUCGCCGCUCGUAACCAUCACACACAAGUCGAACGUGCUUUCGCAAACCGACGGCCUCUUCCGCGAGACAGCCCGCCGCGCACUCCAAGACGCUAAGUACGGUCUCGUCGGUGUAGAAGAGCAGAUCGUAGACUCCAUGGUGUACAAGCUCUUCCGCCAGCCUCAGGACUACGACGUCAUCGUUGCGCCCAACCUAUAUGGUGACAUUCUCUCCGACGGCGCGGCGGCCCUUGUUGGCUCACUCGGCCUGGUUCCCUCUGCGAACGUUGGCAAGGACUUCGUCAUCGGAGAGCCAUGCCACGGUUCCGCACCAGAUAUCGAGGGCCAGGGCAUCGCGAACCCUAUUGCGACGAUCCGGUCUACGGCGUUGAUGCUGGAGUUCAUUGGUGAGGAAGAGGCGGCGGCGGCUGUAUACAAGGCAGUGGACGCCAACCUCGAGGAGGCAAAGCUACUGAGCCCGGAUAUGGGUGGCAAAGCCAAGACGGAGGAGAUUAUCGAGGAUAUCUGCAAGAGGUUGUAG